AGUUCUCGGAGCAAUCAAAUCUAUAAGAAAAGAAUCGUCGCCGGUGAAGAGAAAGAGAGAGCUCAAGCAAUGGAUCCGCAGCUAACGGAAGUUUCACAGCAGUUCGAGAGAUUCAAGGCGGCGUUUGCGAGGAAGGAUUACAAUACCUGUAGUGAUCUGUUGUCUCAGCUUAAGGUUCUUCUUACCAAAUUCACAAGUCUUCCUCCAUUGUUCGAGAAUUCACCUAAUGCAGCCAAGGAAUUGACUAUUGCAAGGGACAUUUAUGAGCAUGCUGUUGUUCUAAGCGUAAAAACCGAGGAUCAAGAUGCUUUUGAGAGAGAUUUCUUCCAGUUGAAACCUUACUAUGUGGAUGCCAGGAACCGUAUUCCCUCAUCUCCACAGGAGAAUCUUAUCCUGGGUCUUAACCUUCUGAGGCUGCUUGUACAAAAUAGAAUUGCUGAAUUCCACACCGAACUUGAAUUACUUUCAUCAGCUACACUGGAGGAUCCUUGCAUCAAGCAUGCAGUAGAGCUUGAGCAGUCCUUCAUGGAGGGUGCCUAUAACCGUGUGUUGAGUGCUAGACAGACCGCGCCUGAUGCAACUUACGUUUAUUUCAUGGAUCUCUUGGCAAAGACCAUAAGAGAUGAAAUAGCUGGAUGCAGCGAGAAAGCUUAUGAUUAUGUCUCUAUCAGCGAUGCCCGGCAGAUGUUGUUGUUCUCUUCUGAUCAAGAACUCUUAACCUAUGUCAAAGAGGAGCACCCUGAUUGGGAAGUGAAGGAAGGGUUUGUUGUCUUCCAGAAAGCCAAAGAAACUGCACCGUGCAAAGAGAUUCCGUCUCUGCAACUCAUCAACCAGACUCUAAGCUACGCCAGAGAACUGGAGCGUAUCGUGUAAGAUCCGACUUUCCUCACUGCUUGUCUCUUCUCUUCCAAUUAUAUUCCUGGAAAUCUCCGGGUCCUAAAACGUUGUUAUAAUGUAAUGACCGACAUUGAGCGAUUCAGUAUUUUCUCCGGGUCAAUGAGACUUUGUUGCGAUAUCAAUCUGUUCUUCCAUAUCCUGUUACAUUAUAUUCUAUUGUUUAGUGUUCACUCGUUUUCAUUUGGAUA